AUGGCGCCCAGAGACCAGGAAAAGAACGCCCUGCCUAUCGACAUGGAGACGGGCUCCAACACAUCAGGCGACGGAUCAAAAAAGGAUGAUUCGAGCCCCCCACCAGCAUACCGGACAGACGAUACCAGGACGACACACAGCGUGGCACAAGAAGAUGGCGCAGAGAUUGACCUGACCCCACUGUCCUGGUGGAAAGCCGGAACCAUCCUCUUCGCAGAGACGGUGUCCCUCGGUAUCCUCUCGCUCCCCUCGGUCAUCGCAAGCGUGGGGAUCGGGCCCGGCAUUGCCCUGAUCGUCGUCAUGGCCAUUCUCUCGGGAUACUCAGGCCUCGUCUUUGGCGAGUUCUGUAUGCAGUACCCGGAAAUCGAGUCCUUCGGCGGCGUCGGCCAUAUCGUUGGAGGGGCCGUGGGCGGACCUACCCUGGGAGUCGUCUUCGGUGAAUUCCUGGGCUGGGGGCAGACCAUCUUCCAGAUCUUCGUGAUGGGGAGCCAUAUCUUGACCUGGACAAUCGCGAUGAAUACACUGACCAACAGCUCCCAGUGCACCGUCAUGUGGGCGGGCGUCGGGCUGGUCGUCUUCUGGGUUUUCAACCUGCCGCGCAACCUCAACAUCGCGUCGUACCUGUCGGUAGCGUCCUCGCUGUCCAUCUUCUCGGCGGUCAUCGUCACCGUGGUGGACGUGGCGAUCGAGAAGCCCAUCGGCUCGACGUCACUGGACGUCGCGAACCAGCUCGGGUUCACGGGGGCGUUCCUGUCGGUGACGAACAUCGCCAUCGCCUUCUGCUCGCACUCGUGCUUCUUCAGCGUCAUCUCGGAGCUCAACACCAAGACGGACUGGCCCAAGGCGCUGGUCAUGCUGCAGUCCCUCGACACGGCGCUGUACAUCGUCGCGGCGGUCGUCAUCUACGUGUACGUGGGACCCGAUGUGCCCUCGCCGGCGCUCUCGGCGGCCGGCUCUGUGGUCGUGAGGAAGGUGAUCUGGGGCAUCGCGCUGCCCACUAUCGUCAUCGCCGGCGUCAUCUACGGGCACGUCGCGACCAAGUACAUCUUCACACGGAUCCUCGGCAAGACGAGACACAUGCACAAGCGAACGCUGAUCGGGGACGCGGGAUGGGUUUGCGUUGGGCUGUCAAUCUGGAUCAUCGCGUUCGUCAUCUCGGAGUCGAUUCCCGUGUUCAACAGCCUCCUGAGUCUGAUCUGUGCCUUGUUCGUGAGCUGGUUCUCGUACGGCGUCCCGGGCAUCAUGUGGCUGUUCCUCUACCGCGGCCAGUACUACACGAACUGGAAGAUGACGGCGGGACUCGUGUCCAAUAUCACCCUCGUUGUCGUGGGCUUCCUGCUCUGCGUGCUGGGGCUGUGGAGCACGAUUGACAGCCUCGCGAGCAACAGCACACACACGCCGUGGAGCUGUGCCAGCAACGCAUAG